AUGUCAGUCAGGAACCCCACAAAUUCCUCUCAUGUCAAAAUCCCAGAAAAGCACAAUGUUAUUCUGGUUGAAGAGAAGUCACAGACCUCUUUAGGCUGCACCGGUCCACCACUGAGAGGGAACAUGUCCGUGAACUGGAUGGUGAAGUUAGGCAAUGUGGGUGAGUGGAAACUUCUUUUCUCAGUCAGUGAAAAGAAGAAGUUCUCUGGAGAAGCCAUGAAGGAACACAUGCUGAUGACUGACAGCAACUUUCCAAGCACCGGGGAUUUUUCGCUGUUCCUCUCACCCAGGGUGGAGGACGGUGGUCUCUACUCGUGUCGAAUACAGCAACAGGAGAGCAAACUGAGGGAGAAGACCUUCCUCCUAGCAGUCCUAAAAGUCAGCUUUUACCCAGAUCCGCCUGUCAAACAUAGCAGUGUCCUGCGGCUCGUUGGCCGAGUCAUACCUGACCUCGCCAUUUCCAAAAUCACCUGGACAGGACCUGGCGGCCUUCCUAUGAAGACUGAGAGGAAGCCAAACACGGGCACAGUGACCAAAGUGCCACAUGUCCAAAGAAAUGACAGCGGGACUUACAUCUGUACCGUAUACCCCUGGGGAAAUAGCACCAACGUGUUGGCUGUAAAUGUGAACGUGACUGUUGAUGCUGACAAAUUGGCCUCAUUCUUCAAUGCACAACAAGACCACAUGAUCCACACCGGCGUUCAGGCUCUAAAACCCAUCCAUCUGGCCUGUCCCAAUGUCCAAGGCGACCUUGUCCAGCUGUACUGGACCGCCCCGCAGUUCAGCAACAAAAAGAGCAUCAAUAAGUUGGUGUACAGUUACGAUCGCUGGAGGGGAUCCACCCAGAMGACGAGUGGUAGAAUCCAUUUGGCUGGCCCACCCUACAGCGCAGAUGCCGGGAGCUUUUCCUUCCUGUUGACCCCUGUCCUAGCAGAUGGUGGCGUCUUCGGCUGUAUUGUUUUCCUCAAUGACAACGUCUUCUACCAGAGUACAAAACUCAGUGUGCUGAAAGUUCAGAUCAGAAAGUACACCUCAAACCUGGAGUUAUUGUGCCAGUACUCAGAGUUGUCCCAAGUUCAGAGGGUAAAGUGGGAAUACCAAGAUAAAAGCAGGCAGCUGAAGUUUCAUACCGGACUCAUCGGCAGCAUCAGCACCACUCUGCCCUUACCCAUCACCGCCAAUGUAACGGGGAACUACACCUGCGUCCUGCAGCUGGAGAGCGGUCAGAUCAUCAGAGCAGACAAAGUUAUCACACUGCCCCCUGAAGAGAGCGUCAGUGUCACCACCCCCUCUCGGCUGCUUCCUCUCUCUGCUUUAUUACUCCUGGUGCCCCUGGUUUCUGCAGCUGUCGGCGUGUUGCUAUGGAGACAGAAACACAUUUCUGAUCGCGGUAUUGAGCAGUCACUGUCGGUUCGUUCAGGCGAAGCAGAGAACCUCUAUGAGAACCCUGAAGAUCUCCGACAGGCUCCUCCCCAGGGUUCAGUCUACAUGAUACGAGCAGUGUCAGGGCUGAUCUCCUACCCACAUCUCACCCUCAUCCAGCUGUCACAUCCCCUCUCUUCACUGCUGCAGCAAAAGGCCUUUAUAAACAACUGAAUGUCAGAGCUGCAACAUGAAUAAAACUUUGGUGUUUUAGGAAAAUGCUUUAUUUUUUCUUUAUAAGCCAUUGCUUUUUGCCAUUUAUAGAAGCUUUAAAAUUUAUCAUAAACAUGUGUGGGUGUUUAAAUCUGUCUUUUUAUUGAUCCACUUAUUUUUUUGUAUCAAGCAUCUAUUUUUUAUUGGAAUCAAAUUUAUCAUAAAUAUUUUUCUUAAUUUGAUGCUUCUGGUCAUUGUGCAAAUUAUACAGUGAGUAUUGUAAGUGAGUCAACUUUUUCAUGUGAGUUAAUGCAGAAGCGCAGAAUUGUGCUUCAGUGAAUUUAUUUCUUAUGAUGCUCAUUUUUAUUUUAUGUUUGCCAGCU